AAUUUCAAUUUAUUUUAUAUAUUUUAAGAUAUAAAUGAAUAAAAUAAAUCGAAAAAGUUAAAGCAAAUUGCGUAUAUAAGGAGAUUUUGUCGUAUGAUUUAUUUGAUCAUCAUAAUUGCGCAUAUACAAAGUAAUCGAAAAAUUCGCCAGGCAUUCUGGGUAAAAUCUUUCUGAGUAAUCAAAAUGGCUGUCAUACAACGAUUUCCGUUUUAUGACUACGUUUUAAUGCAAUUGAUUAAAAUGAUAUUUUUUUUUUAAAUUCGAGAAUGAAAUUAAAGUAUAUAAUUAUUAUUUUAUAGCAAAAUUUAUUUUUUCAGAUGUUAAUAUUAUGUUCCUAAAAAUAUUAAUUUUUAUCACGUUUGCAGGGCCUUCAUUUUAGUUUGGGGUGUAGAUGAAAGAGGGGAAGGGAGGAGCGCGCGCGCGUUGCAUGAUGGGAUGAUAGACGGGAGGACGGUCGGGGAGGGCGAAAGAACGAGUCGAGUUCACAAAAUGGCGGCCAAGCUCAGGCCCGUGACCAUAUAGUACGUGAAAAUUCGAUAAUUUUGCACGAUGUCGCGACUUUAUACAUCAAUAGUCGUUUAAUAUUACGAAUACGUGUAUACACGGCAGUUUAAUUAUUAAAUUAACGUGGUUUUGUGCGUGGUGUGUGUAAUAUCGAGAUAUCGGUACGACGCGCAGACGGAACGAUGCAGAAAACAUUAGAGUCUGAAUCUGGUAAAGAAUCGGGGUCUGAUUCUGAAAAUGAAAGUAAGAGUGAUAGCUCUUCUUCAGGAAGCAAUACAGGAUCUGGUUCUGGAUCAGAAAGUGACUCUAGCUCUUCAAGUGGUUCCGGAUCAGGAUCAGGUUCUGAUUCUGAUAAAUCAGAGAAAUCGGAUGCACCUGCACAAAGUGAUAGCUUCCAGAGCAAAAGUUCAAAUCACAGCACAGAAACAAAAGUUAGGCUUAAGAAUGAGUCUAGUCGUGAAUGGGAUGAGAAUCCUGACAUUUAUGGAAUCAGAAGAUCCGGCCGUUCUAGGAAAGAGCCUGAAAGGCUUGCUACACAACGUGAAAGCGAUAGUGAUAGUCGCAAGAAAUUUAAAAAAAAGGGUUCACAUAACUCAUGGAAUUCAGAUAGCUCAGAUUCUGAAUCUGAUGAUGUUGAAAGUAGAAGACCUCCACCUAGUAAAUCGUUAAAUAGACGCGCUGCACAGAAAGCAAAAGAAAAGGCAAGAAUACGAAAGAAACGUAUUUCAGAAUCAUCUGAAAAUUCUUCUUUUGAUAGCGAUGAUAAUAGAAGACAAGUUACAAGAAGAACUGGAACUGCUAUUAGUUAUAAAGAAGAAAGUGAAGAAAGAACUGAUAGUGAAGAUCUUGUUGAAAUUGAUGAAGGUAGUACUGCAAAUACAGAACCAGAUAAUGCAGAAACAAUUGAACGAAUUUUGGGACAAAGAAUUGGUAAAAAAGGAGUUACAGGAAAUGUCACUACAAUUUAUGCUGUAGAAGAAAAUGGCGAUCCAAAUCCUGAAGACUUAUCUAGGGAAGAAACUGAAUUGCAAUAUUUAAUAAAAUGGAAAGGAUGGUCUCAUAUUCAUAAUACAUGGGAAUCAGAAGAAUCUUUAAAAGCUCAAAAAGUAAAAGGAUUAAAAAAAUUAGAUAAUUUUAUUAAACGAGAACGAGAAAUCAAACAAUGGAGAGAUUAUGCUGGACCUGAAGAUAUAGAUUAUUUUGAGUGUCAAUUAGAACUUCAACAAGAUCUUUUGAAAAGCUAUAAUAAUGUUGAAAGAAUUAUUGCUGAAUAUAAUAAACCAGAUUCAGAACAUCCUGAUUAUUAUUGCAAAUGGGAAAGUUUACCUUAUGCUGAGGCUACAUGGGAAGAUGGAGCAUUAAUUGUCAAAAAAUGGCCAGAAAAAAUAAAAGAAUUUCGUGAAAGAGAGGAGUCAAAAAGAACACCAAGUAAACACUGUAAAGUUCUUAAAUCUAGACCUAAAUUUCAUCAGUUAAAAGGACAACCAGAUUAUAUGGGAAAAGGUCGAGAUUUGACUCUUAGAGACUAUCAAAUGGAUGGAUUAAAUUGGAUGAUUCAUUCAUGGUGCAAAGAAAAUAGUGUUAUUUUAGCAGAUGAAAUGGGUCUUGGUAAAACUAUACAAACGAUAUGCUUCCUUUAUUAUUUAUUCCACACACAUCAGCUUUAUGGACCAUUUUUGUUAGUAGUGCCUCUUUCAACAAUGACUUCCUGGCAAAGAGAAAUGUCACAAUGGGCACCAGAUAUGAAUUUUGUUACAUAUUUGGGUGAUGUUACUUCCCGUAAUGUUAUUAGAGAAUACGAAUGGUGUUACAGUUCAAAAAGAUUAAAAUUUAAUGCCAUACUUACAACAUAUGAGAUAGUACUUAAAGAUAAAGCAUUUUUGGGUGCCUUAAAUUGGGCCGUAUUGCUAGUAGACGAAGCACACCGAUUAAAAAAUGAUGACUCUCUCUUGUACAAAGCACUUGCUGAAUUUCAUACGAAUCAUCGUCUUUUAAUAACUGGUACUCCAUUACAAAAUAGUUUAAAAGAAUUAUGGGCCUUAUUACACUUUAUAAUGCCUACUAAGUUUGGUUCAUGGGAAGAAUUUGAAAAGGAGCAUGAUAAUGCGGCUCAAAAAGGCUAUUCCAAAUUACAUAAACAAUUAGAACCAUUUAUUUUACGACGUGUCAAAAAAGAUGUAGAAAAGUCUCUACCCGCGAAAGUUGAACAAAUAUUACGAGUAGAAAUGACAUCGUUACAAAAACAAUAUUACAAAUGGAUAUUAACAAAAAAUUAUAAUGCAUUGCGAAAAGGAGUUAAAGGUUCUACUAUGACGUUCCUAAAUAUUGUUAUUGAAUUAAAAAAAUGUUGUAAUCAUGCUUUCCUCACAAAACCUACUGAAAAUGAAAGAAAGGACAAUAAUGAAGAUUAUUUACAACAAUUAAUUCGAGGUUCUGGCAAAUUAGUGCUUCUUGAUAAAUUAUUAGUGAGAUUACGAGAAACAGGUCAUAGAGUAUUAAUAUUUAGUCAAAUGGUCAGAAUGUUGGAUAUUCUUGGAGAAUACCUACAAAAAAAACAUUUUCCAUUCCAAAGAUUAGAUGGAAGUAUAAAAGGAGAAUUACGAAAACAAGCACUAGAUCAUUUUAAUGCAGAAGGAUCCCAAGAUUUUUGUUUUUUAUUAUCGACAAGAGCAGGUGGUCUUGGUAUUAACCUUGCUACUGCUGAUACUGUCAUUAUUUUUGAUUCAGAUUGGAAUCCACAAAAUGAUCUACAAGCACAAGCUAGGGCACAUCGUAUUGGUCAAAAAAAUCAGGUAAAUAUUUAUCGUUUAGUAACAAAAAAUUCUGUAGAAGAAGAAAUAGUAGAAAGAGCAAAACAAAAAAUGGUUUUGGAUCAUCUUGUAAUUCAACGGAUGGACACAACUGGACGAACAGUAUUAGAUAAAAAAAAUGCAGGGACCAAUAAUAAUCCAUUCAAUAAAGAAGAUUUAAAUGCUAUUUUAAAAUUUGGAGCUGAAGAUUUAUUUAAAGAUGAAGAAGAUGGAGAUGAAGAACCAACUUGCGAUAUUGAUGAAAUUCUAAGAAGAGCAGAAACAAGAGAUGAAGGACCUUCAACUGUGGGAGAUGAAUUGUUAUCUGCAUUCAAAGUUGCUAGUUUUGCUGCAUUUGAAGAAGAAUCUGAACCAGUUAAUCAACCUAAUGAUAAUGAUGAUGAAAGUAAAGAUUGGGCCGAAAUUAUUCCAGAAAAUUUCAGAAAAAAAGUUGAAGAAGAAGAAAAAUCAAAAGAAAUGGAGGAUUUAUAUUUGCCUCCACGAAGUCGAAAAACAUUACAGCAAAUUAAUCAAAGUGGGGAAGGAAGAGGAAGAAAACGAAAAAAAUUAUCUGCUGAUGAUAGUGAAGAAGGUGAGGAUUCUGGAAGUGAGAUUGAGGGUAGUGAUGAUGAACGUCCUAAAAAAAGAGGUAGACCAAGAGUUACGCCACGCGAAAACAUAAAAAGUUUUACUGAUGCAGAGAUACGAAGAUUUGUUAAAAGUUACAAAAAAUUCCCUGCACCAUUAAAACGAUUAGAUGAUAUUGCGGCGGAUGCAGAAUUGCAAGAAAAACCAAUGUCAGAAUUACGUUUCUUGGGAGAUCAGUUAAAAACUAGAUGCGAUGCUUGUUUAUCUGAAUUUGAAAGUACAGCAAAAGAAAAUAAAGGCGAAGAAGAGGGUAAAGGUCCUGGUCGUAAAAGAGGUCGUGGUCCUACAUUUAAAAUUGGUGGGGUUAUGGUUAAUGCAAAAUCUUUCUCAGCUGCUGUAAAAGAAUUAGAACCUUUAGAACAAGCUUUACCUUCAGAUUCGGAACAACGAUCUAAUUGGCAUAUUGAUAUUAAAUUAAAACCAGCAAAUUUUGAUUGUGACUGGAAUUCUGAGGAUGAUUCUAGACUCUUAAGAGGUAUAUAUCAACAUGGAAUGGGCUCAUGGGAAGCUAUCAAAAUGGAUAAUAAUUUAAAACUUGGUGAUAAACUUCUUCCAAAUGGUAGCAAAUUACAAUUAAAAAAAAUAAAUACUCGAGCCGAAUAUUUAUUAAAAGUUCUCAAGAAACAAAUUGAUUCAAAAUUAGGAGUGGGUUAUGUCCUUAUCCCGCAAUCCGAAUAUCAAUUCAAGACUAAGGCAAGGAAGCCAAGAAAACCAAAAGAAGCAAAACCUGCCAUUACAAAAGAAAUUAUAGAAGAAAAUGACAGUUCGGGUGAAGAAAGUAAUAAAUCUAAAUCUAAAAUUGAAAAGCUACCUACAAAAAAAGAAGAAGAGGUUGUUGUAAAGAAAGAAACUAAAGAAGAAGUUGAAGAUAUAGUAGAGGAAAAAAAGAAAGAAAAAAAAACUAAAAAAGAAAAAAAAGAAAAUAAAAAAGCUAAAAAAGCAAAACAAGCAGCAGGUCCAAUGCAUUUUACUGCUAACAAUGAACCAAGAGCUCUUGAUGUUCUUGGUGAUUUGGAUCCUUCUAUAUUUAAUGAGUGUAAAGAAAAGAUGAGACCAGUAAAGAAAGCACUCAAAGCUUUAGAUAGACCUGAUCAAUCUUUAAGUGAAGCGGAACAAGUCGCACACACAAGACAAUGUCUUGUACAAAUUGGAAAUCAAAUUAAUACUUGUUUAGAAGAAUAUAGAGAUCCUGAACAAAUUAAGGAAUGGAGAAGCAAUUUAUGGUAUUUUGUGUCUAAAUUUACAGAAUUUGAUGCAAAAAAACUUUACAAAUUGUAUAAACACGCGACGAAAAAAGGAGGUGAAAGUAACACUAGUGCUACUUCUAGUCCAGAAAAAAAAGAGGACUCAAAUAAUGUAAAAAAGCACUCGGAAAAACAUAUCGAUAAACAAAUAGAAACUAUCAAAGAAAGUAGAUUGCAAAAACGUAGAAUCGAAGAUAUAGAAGAAAAUUCGAAUAGUAGUAAUACACCAAGUAAAAAACACCUCUCAAGUAUAUCUGCUGUAAAUAGUAUCAGCAAUACGUCUACAGUUACUAUUGGUGCUAUUACUAUUACCCCUAUUACAUCGACUCCAAAUUCUACUUCAAGUACUACUAAUAGUGUAGAUACACCACGACAUAAAGAAAAAGAAUCAAAACAUAAAGACAUGAAAAGAGAUAGAGAACGUGAUAGAGAUAGAGAUAGAACGCAUAGUGAUAGAAAUAUGGAUAGAAUGAGUGGAGGUAAAGAUGAAAGAAUCAGAAGAGAUAGUGGUGGUUAUAUGAGCGGACAUUAUAGUGGAAGUAGAGAUGAUGAUCAUUGGUUAUCUCGUGAUGGAAGAGAUAUGCGAGAUGGAAGAUUUGGAGACCAUAAACGUGAUCGUUUCGAUUCUUAUGGACGAAUGUCUAGUGGAUAUCAUCGGGACAGAGAUCGAGAUCGCGAUCGGAGUAUGCAUAUGAAUGACAAACGAAGUGAUUAUUACAGAUAUCCAUCAGGACCACCCAGUUAUGGAUAUGGUCCAGGAGGAUAUGGAGGUGGAGGCGGCGGUUAUGCUCCAUCUGAUAUUCCACCAAGCCAUUUUAGAAGUCGAGGUUAUCCUGGAGAUAGUUAUCCUAGUGAUUGGCGACCAAACAAAGAUUACAGACGAGAUUAUGAUAGAAGACCACCUCCACCAAAUGCUAACUCCUAGUGCUCCUUCCUUGUUACCGUUCUUGAAUGUGUUGUUGAGCGGCUGUAAUUUCGAUAAAGCCUUGUAUUUUACCUGACUGAGCAUUACAUUAUGCUCCCUUAAACAUGGCUAUAUGCGAAAUUCUUUACACAGUUUAUUCUGUGAUUUAGUAGUACCACUCGUGACUUGUACCUAUGUAUAAAUUUACUCCGAUGCUUACUUAAUACAGUAUUGUGCGCUUAAGUGUCGCAUUUUUUCCUCGCUUGAAUAUUACAAAAUUAUCUUCAUUAAUUCCUAGAACUUCUUUAAUGAGAUUAUUAGCUUUUCGGGUUUAAAACGGCGACAAAAAAAAUGUAUUUCAUUCUUGUUGUUUCUCGCCUUCGAUGUACUCGACAAGAGAACGAAGCAAUGAAAGCAAUUUUUAAAAAUGUCUACCUCUCUGGAGUGUCGCAACAUGAACCCGAAUUUGCAAUACUUAAGCGGAUAAUACUGUACGACAAAAAAUUAUACCAUGAUUGAAUGGUCUUUUUAAGGAGAGGUUGUGCAAAAAUAAUGAAUUAAUUCAUAUUCUUAGUGUAUAAUUAAUAAUUUUUUUAUAUAUGUCGGAUUUCACCAAAAAUAGCGAUGCUGAAUUUUUAAGUUUCUAUUCAUUAAUGUUUCUCAUACGUAAGAAAUUACGUUUACUAUUCUGUUUUAUUACAGUGCAAUUAUGAUAAGAUUUGAUAACGAACUAAAAUCAAAUUAAUGUGUUUGUAGUGUAUAUUAUUACGUACAGUGCUAAAAAUCAUAAUUUAAAAUGUAUGCCUUCCUAAAUCGCAUGUAACAUAUUUUGCAUUUUCGAUAUGAUCAUGUAUGUUUAAUGGAUGUUUAGCUUGUAUACAAUUAUUCACUUCUUCAAACUAUACUCUGUUUUCAUAAAUCUUCAAACUUUCAUGAUUGAUUUAUAGUUUAAUAAUUAAUCUUUUUACAUUAGUCAAUAUUUUAUUGCACUGCAAUAGAUAUUAAAAUAUUGAUAUCUUAUUUCAUACAAUGAGGUUUGUAAAAUUGUACAAAUUAGUCAACAUUAUAAAUUUUCUAUUAACUGAAAAUUCAAAAAAAUUUUACAUCAAAUGUAGAAUAACAUCUUUUUGUGAUGAUAUGCAGUAUAAACGAGCUGCGCUUAUUGUAAAAUUAGAACGACAAAUAUGAUAUUUGCCAACAGAUGAUUACAUUCUUAAAAGAGAAAAAAAAUAUUAACUUUCUCCUCUUAUAUAGAAUUUAUACUUUCACAAUUGAAAAGUAGAUAAGAAUUCUAUUUUUGCGUUCAUUCUUUUAAAGUACUAUAGUUUUAUAUCCUAUCAAAAACACUGUGAAAUAUUGUAAAUAUUAGUAUAAGGCGAUAGUUAUAUUCGAUGUAUAUUUAACUCUGGAAUUAAUGAGAUAGUAUUCUGCUUUCGUAGAAAGAAUAAACAAAAGACUACUAGUUCCCUCAGUUUUGCUUUAGUUAAGAAUGAUUGAAUAUAACUAUAUUAUUGUAAUUAAAAAAAAGAACAUGAGUUUUUAAUUAUUCAACGAUUAAUAUCUCUAAAAGAUAUUAAAGUAUUUCUUGAUUAAACCUUAAAUUGUGGUAAACUAUAA